CCGCCCCGGGCCGCGCCCCGCUACAGCCCGUGCUCGCUCGAGGGCGCCUACGAGCCCGGCGCCGCACCUGCCGGGACCGCGGACUUCGGCUUCCUGGGGCCAGCGGCCACCUACGAUUUCGCAGGCGCCCUGGGGCGCCCAGCCGACGACAGCGGGGCGCACGUCCACUACGCCACCUCCGCGGUCUUCUCGGGAGGCGGUUCUUUCCUCCUUAGCGGCCAGGUGGACUACGCGGCUUUUGGCGACACGGGCCCCUUCCCCGCGUGCCUCCGAGAGCCCGCGGACGGCCAUCCCGGGGCCUUCCAGACCGCAUCCCCGGCCCCCGGCGCCUACCCCAAGUCCGUCUCUCCCACAUCUGGCCUCCCCGCCGCAGCCUUCAGCACAUUUGAGUGGAUGAAAGUGAAGAGGAACACCCCGAAAAAAAACAAACUCGCAGAGUACGGAGCCGCCAGCCCCGCCAGCGCGAUUCGCACGAAUUUCAGCACCAAGCAACUGACAGAACUGGAGAAAGAGUUUCAUUUCAAUAAGUACUUAACUCGAGCCCGACGCAUCGAGAUAGCCAACUGUUUGCAGCUGAAUGACACCCAAGUCAAAAUCUGGUUCCAGAACCGAAGGAUGAAGCAGAAGAAAAGGGAACGAGAAGGACUUCUGGCUGCGGCCAGCUCGGUGGCCACCCUCCAACUUCCUGUCUCAGGAACCAGCCCCACCAAGUGUGGCAGGAACCCGGGCAGCCCUUCCCAGGCCCAAGAGCCUUCCUGAGGUUCAGUCUUGAGGUUGAAGAGCCUUGGUCGGCAGAAGUCACCCCUAACCCUCUAUAGAUUAGCAGCAGGGUUUGGGAUGGAGGUGGGCGUGAGCAAAAAUUAGUAAACAUUUCACUUGGAAAGGAGCUUCAGUAUUUCAGUCGGCUCCUGGGUUCCAGACUGUGUGUGUAUGCGCAGAUACUGAUUUGAUACCUUUUAAGCCAUUUGUUUGCAUUUUAUUUGUGUUUUACCAGGGAAAAUAUGCCCCCACCUGCCAGGCCCACUCUGCUGCUGUUGCCUAACUUAGUCAUAUGCAAUUCUUGGGUGCAGAGUGGCAGAUUAUUUGAGUUCUGUCAACCCUCUGCUGUGUUCAGAAGAGUACUUGCCCAGAAGUAUUCCGAUUUUAAUUUACAAGAUAGGCUGCAUAUAUUCAGCUUCCCGAGUUAGGGUUCCCUUGCUGUCGCCAGGCUGCUUCAGUGAUGAUCUGUUUACACACUUGCACUUGAGUUUUAUUUUCUUUGAAAAGCAGUUUCUACCUCUCCAUGUGCCUGAGUGAAGAUACAAUCGCUAGUUAGUUAGUAGCUGAAUACAUUCACAGGGUGGGCAAGAUUAGAACCUGAACUACCCCUUGACAUCAGUUACUCGAACUUGAAUGUAAAUAUGUACAGUAUGUAUAUUUUUAAAAAGGCUUGCUUGCAACAAACUUAUAUAUGACAUUUAAUGUCAUAGCAUG